CGACUACACCACCUACACCACCGGCCUCACGGGCCGCUUCUCGCGGGCCGGGGCCACGCUCAGCGCCGAGGGCGAGAUCGUGCAGAUGCACCCGCUGGGCCUGUGUAAUAACAAUGACGAAGAGGACUUGUACGAGUAUGGCUGGGUAGGAGUGGUGAAGCUGGAACAGCCAGAAUUGGACCCGAAACCAUGCCUCACCGUGCUGGGCAAGGCCAAGCGCGCAGUACAGCGCGGAGCUACUGCAGUCAUCUUUGAUGUGUCCGAAAACCCAGAAGCCAUCGACCAGCUGAACCAGGGCUUGGAGGACCCGCUCAAGAGGCCAGUGGUGUACGUGAAGGGCGCCGAUGCCAUCAAGCUGAUGAACAUCGUGAACAAGCAGAAAGUGGCCCGAGCCAGGAUCCAGCAUCGCCCGCCCCGACAACCCACCGAGUACUUCGACAUGGGCAUCUUCCUGGCCUUCUUCGUCGUGGUCUCCUUGGUCUGCCUCAUCCUGCUGGUCAAGAUCAAGCUGAAGCAGCGCCGCAGCCAGAACUCCAUGAACAGGCUGGCCGUGCAAGCCCUGGAGAAGAUGGAAACCAGAAAGUUCAACUCCAAGAGCAAGGGGCGCCGAGACGGGAGCUGUGGGGCCCUGGACACACUCAGCAGCAGCUCCACGUCUGACUGUGCCAUCUGCCUGGAGAGGUACAUCGACGGCGAGGAGCUGCGGGUCAUCCCCUGCACUCACCGGUUUCACAGGAAGUGUGUGGACCCGUGGCUGCUGCAGCACCAUACCUGCCCGCACUGUCGGCACAACAUCAUAGAGCAAAAGGGAAACCCGAGCGCUGUGUGCGUGGAGCCGAGCAGCCUCGCCCGGGGUCGGCAGCAGAGGGUCACCCUGCCGGUGCACUAUCCCGGCCGUGUGCACAGGACCAACGCCAUCCCAGCCUACCCCACCAGGACGAGCAUGGACUCCCACGGGAACCCCGUCACGCUGCUGACCGUGGACCGGCACGGGGAACAGAGCCUCUACUCUCCGCAGACCCCCGCCUACAUCCGCGGCUACCCACCCCUCCACCUGGACCACAGCCUGGCCGCCCACCGCUGCGGCCUGGAGCACCGGGCCUACUCGCCGGCCCACCCCUUCCGCAGGCCCAAGUUCAGCGGCCGCAGCUUCUCCAAGGCAGCUUGCUUCUCCCAGUACGAGACCAUGUACCAGCACUACUACUUCCAGGGCCUCAGCUACCCAGAGCAGGAGGGUCAGCCCCCCGCCGGCCUCCCUCCCCGGGGCCCAGCCCGUGCCUUUGUGCCCGGUGGUGGCAGCGGCGGCGCCGGCGGCAGCGGUGGCAGCUUGCUCUUCCCCACCGUGGUGCACAUGGCCCCGCCCUCCCACCUGGAGAGCGGCAGCACGUCCAGCUUCAGCUGCUACCACGGCCACCGCUCGGUGUGCAGUGGCUACCUGGCCGACUGCCCGGGCAGCGACAGCAGCAGCAGCAGCAGCAGCUCCGGCCAGUGCCACUGCUCAUCCAGUGACUCGGUGGUGGACUGCACGGAGGUCAGCAACCAGGGUGUGUAUGGGAGCUGCUCCACCUUCCGCAGCUCCCUCAGCAGUGACUACGACCCCUUCAUCUACCGCAGCCGGAGCCCCUGCUGCACCAGCGACGCGGGGGCGUCCGGCGGCUCGGGCCGGGGGCCUGCCCUGCGCCUCGAGGGCUCCCCGCCGCCGCUGCCGCCCGAGGAGCCGCCGGGGGCAGCGCAUCAUGGUGCUGGGCGGGCUGAGCCCUGGCCGGGCCCCACCUCGCCCUCGGGGGACCAGCUGUCCAUGUACAGCCUGGACCUGAACUACAGCAGCAGCUCCUCCCUGGAGCACAGGGGGCCCAACAGCUCUACCUCAGAAGUGGGGCUCGAGGCUUCUCCUGGGGCCGCCCCGGACCUCAGGAGGACCUGGAAGGGAGGCCGGGAGGGGCCGUCGUGUGCCUGCUGCUGCGAGCCCCAGCCCUCGGCGCUGGGGUCGCCCCUCCAGGAGGGCUGCAGCCCCGCGGGUGGGGAGCCGCAGCCGGGAAGCUCCUUGUAUGGCCUUCGCCCUGACCGUUUGCCCAGGACAGAUGGGGGGAAGUGUGAGGGCCUGCCCUGCUGCUUCUAUGAAGAGAAGCAGGUGGCCCACGGUGGCAGAGCGGGCAUCGGCUGCUACACCGAGGACUACGCGGACCAGGACCUGGCCCAGCAGAACACAGCAGCCCGAGAGCCUGAGCCCAGAAGGAACUCUUAUCUGGAAAUGGGGAACUGGACGGAGACUCCAUACUCUAACUUCCUUCAAAAAAACAAAACAAAAAAAAAUUUUUUUAGCUUUGACAAACACACAAAAGUGGUAAUAAAGAGAGCCCUCCUCAACCCAAAAUGUGAGCCACCUGUGGCAAAAAACCCCAACCCCACCCCACCCCUUUAACGAACCAACAGCCCAAACUCGUAGUCCUUUGCCUCUUUUGAUAACAUGUCACCCUUCUGUUUUGUAAAGUGUGUGUGCUUGGGGUUCCGAGGUGUGUGGGAUUGAGUUAUCUGCUUUUUCUCUUUUAAAGAUAUUAUAUGUAAAUGUAAAAAGUUAUUUAAAUAUAUAUUUUAAAGAACCCUAAUCGCCAACUUUUGCUGAAAAAGAGAAAAAAAAAAGUCACUGCUGCAUUAAAUGAACCAGAUCAUGUGUAGAUACUGUUGUCUCCCUAGAGGGAGCUCAGGCCUUCGAAAAGCUCAGGGCAACACCUGCCUUAGGAACCGAACCAGAAACUUGAAGUAAAGCUAGGUGAUAUGGGUACAAACUCUGGGGAACCGUGCAAAGCUGCCUCUUUGCUGUCUCUCUGGCAAAAUCCCGGUGUCCGAACUGUGGGGACCUCUGGGAAGGCACCCCUCUCCGGCCCUCCCCCUCUGCAGGUUAUGGAAACCAACGUGCCAGGAAUAGGCCGGAGCCCAAGGUGGGUGCUGCCCAGGAGCCUGUCUGUCCCUUGGUCCCUGUCACAGUAAGGGCAGUGUUUCUGGGUGGGUGGGUCCUCUAUCUGAACUCUGACCCCUGGGGCAGGGGAGAGGAGGCUGCACCCCUUCUCAGCCCUUUAUAAAAAUAGUUUGGGCUUCCGGCCCCUGACUGCAGAAGUGCUUGGACAGGGUGCAUGGGGCACACGCCCAGGAGGAAUGUAGUUUCGUGGCCUUGGUGUCCGACGGGGCUGGGUGGGGGCCAUGUCCACCCCACCAGCCCGGCACCACUGGCGGGAGGGUGAGUGUGGGUCCGUGUGGGGCAGCUACGCCCUGGCCCCGGGCUCGUGGGGUCUGCACUGAGCUCUGACCGAUCCCCUUUUCCCGCCGUUCGGCCCUCGGCCUCCCGGCUGAAGGCGCUCCCGCGAACGUCUACUAUCGCGUAUCGCGUCUCCCAAAUGCACUAUUAUGUACUGAUUCUCCAUGAGGUCUGUAUAUCUUCCCAGCUUUUUAUGUUUUGUUAAGGGGGGGAGGGGGAGUUUAAGAACCCAAACCGUGUUUUUGUUUCUAAGAUGUUUUCAUUUUGAAAAGGGAGAAUCUAUUUAACGCUAUCUCCCAUCAGGGAUCAUCAUCUUUUUUGUCCAAUGUAUUCCUUGUUCUUAAAAAAAAAUAUUUUUUUUAGAGGAAACUAAUCGCAUUAGGCCUUGUUUUCACUAACCCUUCAUUCAUUGAGCAAGGGUUUGCCGCCAUCUGGGGAGCCUGGCCCACGAGGAACCCAGGGACCCCCUGGGUGGCCAGGCUGACCCUGGCAGGCACACAGGAAGGAGUCAGCCCAGGGUUCAGACCAGAAGGUUUUAAGUAAGAAUCUCGCUGUAUCAGAAGAAUUUUCCUGAAAACUUCAGCCUAGGAUGAAAAAAAAAAUUUUUUUUUUAACUUAUUUCCAGUCCUGCUUUGGCACAAAGGAAUUCCAAGAUCAAAUGAUGGAGCCAUUUGCCAUUUAGGACCUCACUGGGGGCGGGUGGGGGAGAGUUCUGCCGCCCCUGGGUGCAGCCCCUGCAGGCUGGGCCCUGCGCACCUGUUGGCGAGGGUGUGGGAAGCGCCCGAGCUGCUGACAUGCGAUCCGGGCCGCCUUUAUUCCUGGGGCCAGCAGGAGCAGCUGCCCAGGGCGACAGCUUGCAUUGCGGAUUUUAGGGAAGCGGGGGUACGGCUUUCCACGGGAACUGCAAAAAGCAGCUUCUCAUUGUUGAGAUUUUUGUUUGUGGUUUUGCUUUUUUGUUUUGGCUUUCUUUAGCCUGGGCUGGAAGGCCGCUCCUCGGUCGCCUUAAGGGGUAAAUGGAUGUGGCUCCCACUGAACUUAGGAAAACAAAUGCAUCCGACUUCAAAGAAGCACAUUGAAUACUUAGAGUUUACAGGUGGCAGAAGCAGGAAUGAAAACGCAGAACUUCAGAUAUCAACCACCGCCUUUUACCCUUGUGCCAGGGAAGCAGACAGGGAGGGCCUCAAGAUAAAAUCGCCCAACUCUCUGUGUCACCAAGGGAAUCGAAAGAAAAGUCGUCUUUGAAGCCAUCAGACUCCGAUAGCGAUGUGCGCUGGACUCGGAGUGCUUCCACAGCUGUGGAGCCUGGGACAUUUCCCACCGAGAACCAAGCCAUGCCCCCAAGUCAGGGUGCCCCUGUGGCCCACCCUCAGCCUCAGUGUAAACGGAAGAGGUCCAGAACCAGCUAAAAAUGGAAACUGGGGUGUUCCGACCCGCAAGGUACCUCCGUGUGGAUGGAGCCUGGGGGCGGCUUCCCGCCCCUCAGCCCCUCCCCUCUCCAGCUCCAUCUGCUGCCUCUGCUCAGUGCCCCCCUCCACACCCCCUUCCUGCCUCUGGUCUCUCAAGUUUGUGCAGGACUAAUGCUUUUAAAAUGAGAUCUAAAGAAUAAUUACUAGUCAAGAGUACUGUUUUGUAAACAGAACUGCCUUUUUCUACUCUUUAUAUAAACUCUUUCUAUUGUGUUGGUCUAACAAGGCACUAUUUUUUAAUGUUUUCUUAAAAUUGUUUUUUUCUCCCAUAGCACUUAAAAGAUAUUUUGUAAAGACUUUGUUGUAAAGAUUUUGUAAUAAAAUGGUCUAAGGGCUCUUUUUUCCAACAUUACCAUUUUAAAAAAAAGUUUUAAAAGCUAGAAAACAACUUAUGUAUAUUCUGUAUAUGUAUAGCAGCACAUUUCAUUUAUGGAAAUAUGUUCUCAGAAUAUUUAUUUACUAAUAUAUUUAUCUUAAGCCAUGUCUUAUGUUGAGAGUGUGACAUUGUUGGAAUAAUCAUUGAAAAUGACUAACACAAAACCCUGUAAAUACAUGAUAAUUGCACACAGAUUUUACAUAUUUGCAGACCAAAAAUGAUUUAAAACAAGUUGUAGUCUUCUAUGGUUUUGUAACAAAUUGUACAAAUGACUGUAAAAAAUAUAUAUACGAUUUUAUCAACGA